UUCACUAUUUUCGAUCGUAAAAUAAAAUAAAAAUUUUAGCAAAAUUGCAUGAGUAUGGACGAAGAAAGCGAAGCCUCCACGUUUCCGGUUGAAGAUUCAACAUCUGACAUUCCUGUCGAUUACCUAUUAUCAUUAUCAAGAACUGCUAAGGAAGCAGUUGAAAUAAGUCGCGCAGAAGUAACUUAUGAUGAUAUGCCAGAAUAUCGUGAUAAAUUACUAAAUAAAAAGAACUCAUAUACACAUUUUGCUCACAUUUAUUUUGAAAGAUAUACUAAAUUAAGUAAAAUUAUCAGAAAUAAAUGGAAGGAUUGUGAAGCAAAACACGUUAAUAAAAUAUUGAAUGUCAAACCUAAUGAAUUGUGCUAUCUUGUUGGAACUGUUUAUAUGGAAAUGCAAAAUAAGCCCAACAUUCUUGCUGAGCUAUCUAGAAAUAAUUGGGAGCCCGCCCCAAUUUUAAAAGAAAAAUAUUGUAGUCCUACAGAUGAAUUUUGGUUAGAUGAUGAUUCUGGUAGAAUAAAGAUUGUAGGUGAUAGAUUGAAGGAAGAAAUAAUUGUUUCAGGAAUUAUUAUGUCAGUUUUAGGAAAAGAAAAUUCUCAAGGAGAAUUCGAAGUAUCAGAUAUUUGUAUUGCCGGACUUCCCAAACAACCUGAACAACCUGAACAGAUUUAUCCAAGGAUACAGAUGAAUAUAGAUAGAGAUGAUGAUAAGUAUGUGGCAUUGAUAAGUGGACUGAACAUUGAUACGAGUGGUAUUUCGGAAACGCGAUUACAAAUAAUGAUGGAAUACUUUACUGGUGAACUGGGUUGUUUUCAUGAACAAAAAAAUAUAUCUUCAAAAAUUGCACGGAUAAUAAUUGCUGGUAAUAGCCUGGCUACCGCUAAACCAGUUCCUGAUGAAAGGAAGCAGAAAAAAUAUGGGUACGAUAAUUCAUUAUACGACGCGGAACCGCUCAAUAAUUUAGACAAUUUCCUAGAAAAAUUAUGUUCAUUAUUGCCCGUUCAUAUUAUGCCGGGACAAAAUGAUCCAGCUGAUUCAACAUUACCUCAACAACCGAUUCUUUCUAAUUUACUUCCUAAAGUUGGAACAAAUCCAAAUUUUCAUUCCGUUACUAAUCCUUAUUGGUGUAAAUUUGAUGAUGUCACGUUUCUUGGUACAUCUGGUCAAACUAUUGAUGAUAUAUACAAGUAUAUAGAAAUUGAGGAUAGACUUAUUAUUGCGGAGCGUACAUUACACUGGAGGCAUAUGGCACCCACCGCUCCCGACACACUCUGGUGUUAUCCAUUUAAAGAUGUUGAUCCUUUUAUAAUCGACCAAAUGCCUCAUGUAUAUUUUAUUGGUAACCAAAAAGAAUUUGCCACAAAAUUAGUAAAAGGAAUUGACCAACAAUGUACGCGAAUUAUUUUAUUACCAUCAUUUGCAGAAAGUGGAAUCGUAGUUUUUCUAAACUUGAAUAAUCUAAAAUGUCAUACUAUAUAUUUUCCUUCAACAUUCUUUUAAAAAGUAAAUUUUUGAUUAUAAUCGUGUACAUAAAAUCACAAAUUUGAUGAUCUCGACGAUCAAAGCCAAAAAAAUUAAUCUAUUAGCAUCUAACUAAAAAAGACUAUAUUAGUUUCUUCACGUGAUUUAUCAAAUACAAAAAAACUAUAGCGUACAAGAAAAUUCAUUAUUAUUAAAUUUUUCCCAUGUAAAAAAGAA